CAAAGCACAACAAAUAUAAAGAGAGAUAGAGAGAGAAGCAGAGUGAUUAACCAAGAAAAAAAUCUUUACCUUCAAGUCUGUCCCCUCUCUCUCUCUCUCUGUUUCUUUUCUCAAGAAUUUUUCGAAAAAAUCGUUCAAAUUCGUCCAUUUUCAUUAAUUUCUCUAUCCAAUUCCACUCCUCUGCAAAACAAAUCUAUCUUUUUUCACAUCUAAUAACACUUCCUAAUCAAAAUUCAAACCUAAAUCGAUUCAAUCAAUCAAGACUCAUUUUUAGAGAGAGAGAGAGUGUAGAGAGAUUUGUCUGUGGAUUAGGUCGAUCUGUGUAAAGUGACGUGUGCGUUUCUUUCUUGAUGGGGAAGGUGGCAGUAGGGGCGGCGGUGGUGUGCGCCGCCGCGGUUUGCGCGGCGGCGGCUCUGGUGGUGCGCCACCGCAUGCAGUGCUCCGGGCGGUGGGCGAAGGCGAUGGCCAUACUGAGGGAGUUGGAGGAGAAGUGUAGCACCCCUAUCGGGAAGCUGAGACAGGUGGCCGAUGCAAUGACCGUUGAGAUGCACGCAGGGCUUGCCUCCGAAGGUGGAAGCAAGCUCAAGAUGAUCAUCAGCUAUGUCGACAACCUCCCCACCGGGGAUGAGGACGGAUUGUUUUAUGCAUUAGACCUUGGUGGCACAAAUUUCCGUGUCCUUCGGGUACAGUUGGGUGGAAAAGACAAACGUGUUGUCAAACAAGAAUUUGAGGAAGUUUCAAUUCCUCCGCAUUUGAUGGUUGGCAGUUCAGACGCAUUAUUUAAUUUUAUUGCUGAGGCACUCGCAAAAUUUGUUGCUACAGAAGGUGAACAUUUCCAUCUUUCACCUGGUAGACAAAGGGAGCUGGGUUUCACGUUUUCAUUCCCAGUUAGGCAAACAUCAAUUGCAGGAGGGACUCUUAUUAAAUGGACAAAAGGCUUCUCUAUUGAAGAUACGGUUGGACAAGAUGUUGUGGGAGAGUUGACAAAAGCAAUGGAAAGAACUGGUCUUGAUAUGCGUGUGGCUGCUUUGGUGAAUGAUACAAUUGGAACAUUAGCAGGAGGCAGAUACUACAACCAGGAUGUCAUUGCUGCUGUGAUAUUGGGUACAGGAACUAAUGCAGCAUAUGUGGAGCGGGCACAUGCAAUUCCCAAAUGGCACGGUCUACUGCCUCAGUCAGGAGACAUGGUUAUCAACAUGGAGUGGGGUAACUUCCGGUCAUCACAUCUUCCACUAACAGAAUAUGAUCAAGCAUUGGAUGAUGAGAGUUUGAACCCUGGUGAGCAGAUUUUCGAGAAGGUUAUAUCUGGCAUGUAUUUGGGAGAAAUAGUUCGUAGAGUCUUGUGCAGGAUGGCUGAAGAAGCUGCCUUUUUUGGCGAUACUGUGCCGCCAAAAUUGAAAAUUCCAUUCAUAUUAAGGACUCCUGACAUGUCUGCAAUGCAUCACGACACUUCUUCUGAUCUCAGAGUGGUGGGAAACAAGCUAAAGGAUAUCCUAGAGAUAUCUAAUACUAACCUGAAAACAAGAAAAGCAAUUGUUGCGCUUUGUGACAUUGUUGCCACUCGUGGAGCCCGCUUGUCUGCUGCUGGAAUUCUCGGCAUCCUAAAGAAAUUAGGAAGAGACACAGUGAGGGAGGGGGAGAAUAAGAAGUCAGUGAUAGCAUUGGAUGGCGGACUGUUUGAGCACUACACCAAAUUUAGCACUUGUAUGGAGAGCACUCUGAAGGAGUUGCUGGGGGAGGCUUCUGAUAGCAUUGUCAUUGAGCAUUCCAAUGAUGGUUCAGGCAUUGGAGCUUCCCUUCUGGCAGCCUCACAUUCCCAGUACCUUGAGGUCGAGGAGGCUUGAAUAUGUGGGCCAGUGCUCUGAUUAAAGAUCAACACUGUUUAACUUCUGUAUAUUUUUGUUUUCCCCCUUUCCUCAAUAACUUCCUUCGAAUCAGUUAGAGCUUUUCUCACCUCCCCAUGGAAGAGGUCAUGCCAGAAAAUCCUUAAUUUAUGGUCCUGCGGGGAUCUGCAAUUAGGGUGCUUGGGAUUGCAUACAAGCCUUUCAUGCUGUGGUAUGCUGUUUUACUCCAUUUCUGGCAUUCUGAAAUGUGUCAAUACUUGUGUAUGCCCAUUUUCUCAUGACAUGGAAUAAAAUGGGGGGGAUUUAAGAUGUUCUUUGAGUUGCUACUUUGGCGGAAGUACAUAAACGAUACAAAAAUUUAUAAGCAUUUAAUUCA